GUUUGUAAUACCAAAUUUCAUUUUCAAAUUAAAGCAAGAAGGUUAAAACAGGGUUUUUUCCGCAUUACUGUAUGUGACGUCAGUAUGUAAAACACGGAGUUAAUACGUCAUUGGAGCUGCUGAUGCGCGCACCUUCACAUGUCUAGCGCAUCUUUAUGCAAAUAAAAACGGUCAGCAAGUUACGCUAGUUGAAGUUCCUUGUUUGUUUUUGGUUACAGUUAAAAGGUUUCAUUGAAUUGCUGUUGCAAACAACCAGUUACACCAACUUCCAGUUCAGAUAGCUGGUAUGGGCUGUGUGAGCUCCAGAUCAAAGAAUAAUGGAGUGAAGGGUAAGCGUAAUACUCAGACACUUCAAACCAAUCGCUACAGCACGGACCCAACAAGAUCCGAGAGGCAUGCACCCUUGCUUCCUGGACAAAAGCUACAAGAUUUGCACGCUUGCAGUGCACAGGAGCAAACUUUCAUCGCCCUGUAUUCUUAUGAAGCUGUUAAAAACACAGAUCUGAGCUUUGAGAAAGGAGAGAGACUGAAAGUAUUAAAGGCGGAUGGUGAUUGGUGGACAGCCAAAUCACUUUCUUCAGGACAGGAGGGUCUUAUCCCUUCAAACUAUGUCACAGCAGCUGGUGGCAUAGACGCAAAUGAAUGGUUUUUUAAGAACAUCACCAGAAGGGAUGCUGAGAGACAGCUGCUCGCCCCCGCUAACAAACUGGGUGCUUUUCUCAUCCGGGAGAGCGAGACAACUCCAGGGAAUUACUCCAUCUCGAUCAGAGACGUAAAUGCUAACGGUUCAGAUUUGAUCAAGCAUUAUAAAAUCCGGUCGCUUGAUAAAGGAGGAUUCUACAUUUCUUCAAGAAUCACUUUCACACACGUACAAGAUCUCAUCGCACAUUACAAGAAGAACUCAGAUGGACUUUGUAGACGUUUAGAUAAAGUGUGUGUGAGACCUCAGGUCACCGCGCCGUGGGAUGAGGACGCUUGGGAGAUUAGCAAAAAUGACCUUCGCAUGGUGAGCAGACUCGGUGCGGGACAGUUUGGAGAGGUUUGGAUGGCGUAUUAUAACAACAUCACCAAAGUAGCGGUUAAAACGCUGAAGCCUGGCAGUAUGUCUGUGCAAGCUUUUCUUCAGGAGGCGAAUCUCAUGAAAUCACUUCAACACGAGCGACUUGUUCGCCUUCAUGCCGUGGUGACUAAAACCCCCCCCAUCUAUAUCAUCACAGAAUACAUGGCAAACGGAAGCCUGCUGGAUUUCUUGAAGAGCCCAGCCGGGAGAAAACUGAAGCUCCAUAAACUCAUUGACUUCUGCGCCCAAAUAGCAGAAGGCAUGGCCUAUCUCGAAAAGAAGAACUUCAUCCACAGAGAUCUACGGGCUGCGAAUGUUCUUGUCAGUGACAGUCUGCUGUGUAAAAUCGCAGACUUUGGUCUUGCAAGAGUCAUCGAAGACAACGAGUACUCGGCCAGAGAGGGAGCAAAAUUUCCUAUCAAAUGGACUGCACCUGAAGCCAUUAACUAUGGGAGAUUCACUAUUAAAUCAGACAUGUGGUCUUUUGGUGUGCUAAUGUAUGAAACUGUCACAUAUAGCAAAGCACCAUAUGCAGGCCUCAGUAACAGGGAGGUGAUGGCACGAGUUCAGCGGGGAUAUCGCAUGCAGUGUCCGGAGCACUGCUCUAAAGAACUCUAUGAUGUGAUGCUGUCAUGCUGGAAGGCCGAACCAGAGGAACGGCCCACUUUUGAAUACAUGCAGAGCGUUCUAGAAGACUUUAACACGGCCACAGAGGGCCAAUACCAGCAACAAUAACCAUCAACACGCCUUCGCAGACCUGAAUAAAAGCAGACUCCCAAAACAUUUGACCACCAGAUUGAGUUUAGAAUAGUUUUAUUACACAUAAAAGUAAAAUACCUUAAAGAAAUUAAAAACAAACAUCAAUGCUUUCACGCAUGCGGUCAGCU